AGGCAGAUGGAGCCCCAGCUCCUGGUCCCCCUUCCUUCCCCCCGUCCCCCAGGCCGCCAGAGAUGUCACCUUCCACCUGAAUGCCACCCCCAGCCUCUGGCCUGACCUCUGCUCCCUACCAUCUUGGUUCCAGCUUCUCCAGGCCUGCUCCCAAGGGGGUCCCAUCCUUUCUGGCUCUCCAAGGUGCCAUGGCCAGCUCUGACAGCUCAGUGGAGACGGACCCCCUUGCCCACACCUCUGGCCCCACUCCUGGGCCCCACCUUGAGGCUCCAGAGCCCAAGGUCACCAUCUCCGUGCUAGAAAUUAGCUCCCCGUCCCCCUUAUGCUGGAGCUCCCUCCCUCCCCCGAAGACAGCCAGCCACCACGUGUCGGGGUCACUUGCCACGCAGAAGCUUCAGGACAUCCUGCAGGACCUUAAAGAUGUCCUGAAGAGUGUAGCGGACCUUGGAGGGGUCACGGAAGCCAAAGACACUUCUGAGGGAAGCACGAUUUCUAAGGAUGGCUCAGAACACCGAGAACCCACCAGAGGCCCUGAUCAGGCCGAUAAAGUGGUGUCCAAAAACCUGCUCCUUUGUUUAGAUCUAGAGGAAAGGCAGAGGCUGACAUCGGACAGCCAGAGCCCAAAGAACACUGGACACCUUUCCGCAAGCACUUGGGAAAAACAUUCGGAAGGCCACAGAGGCCUUCCCAAGGCUCAGCUGAGUAAGGAAGAAGCAUCCUCUAGGCACCGAGAAGAAAAUGCUAAACUCCGGGACAACAUGGAGCAGCUGCUACAGGAGGCGGAACACUGGAGCCAGCAGCACAUGGAGCUCAGCAAACUCCUGAGGUCAUACCAGCAGUCUCAAAGGGACCAAGGAGUGGCUGAGGAUGGCCAGCGGGCCCAGCUCCAGAGCCAGCCGCUCAGCCAUGUGUGUGCUGGGCAGGCCCUGGAGGCAGCCGUGCGGAGGCUGAACCAGGACACACACUCCCUGCAUGUGGUGGCGGCCCUGCUGGAGAGCCAGUGUCAGAUCCUACAGCAAAGAAUGCAGAUCCUCAGGGCAUCCUGCCUGUCCCCAGAGGCACCAUCACCGGAGAUGCCACCACAGAGAAACCAGCAGGGCAAGAACGUCCAGGGGCCACCGAAAGCAGGCAGAGUAGAAAGCAGCUUGCCUUGCCUGGGAGGCGCCUUUCCCAAGAAAGAUCGCAUCUUCCGGAGCUCAGACCCUUGUCUGAACAAAAAAGCUCACAGCAACCAGUUCAACACUCGCAUUGCAAGGGCUCUCAUGGGAAGAAAGAGGCCAACCUGCAGCUUCAGUUAGAAAACCCCCAAGGCACGUGGAAAGAGGAAUCUUCCAGAACAACACCUCACCUCCAGCUUACGGCGUAAUCAGUCAGCAAACCUAGGAUGCAUCUUCUGCUAGACCAAGAAAGAGCUAUGUAGUGAGAUUAGCACUCUGCCGGUCGCUACCUCAGUGGUCCCGUAAGGGUGACCCCCAGCGAGCAGAGGCCAGCAUCAAGCUACGACUUCAUGCCUUUGCCACUGGCUCGGUGUGUGUGGUGGUUAGAGAUCCUGUGGCAUGUUGAUGGAGCAGAGAGGGCACUGGUCCAAUUAGAUCCAAA